UAAUCUGAUUAUUCAUAUUAGUUACCAUAUUGUAUAUAUCAAAUUUUAGGACUAGGCAACAGUAGAUAUCGUAUUUAAUUAGUAUUCUAAUUUCCCAACAGGCAACCUUUUGAUUCACCUUAUUUGAGUCACCUUAGCAGAAUCUUCGGGCAGUUUAAUCAGCGAAAAGGGGAGUGGAUUAGUUGUUCCUACCGCUAAUAUUAUCUUUCUUUGGGGCAGUUUUGCUUCAAAAGAAGCACUUCUCAUGCAUUUUCUUUGAGGUUAUCUAGUCGCGGAAACAAUGCCACUGACCUAACAGGGACUCAAGCCGACAUUGGGCUGUCACUGCUCCCUAAUCCUAUCCCGCAUUGACAGCGGGGCUACUCGAAGGCUUGUAGGUCGAAUGCUUUGCUUUGUGUGAUACGGGAAGCUGCUCAACGUUUUGUAGCGCUAUAUGAAAUCGACAUUGUGAUAAGGACUUUUUUUCUUCUUCCAUCUUUCCUUUCAAAAAACGGAGUUUAUAAUUCGGCAAGUAGUGAUGAAGAAUCUACUCCCUUGGAUAGUCCUGACGUUUUGGAUAUUUUUAGAGUGUAUAGAGGCCAAGAAGUCUUGCUGGUAUUUUGAAGGUGGAUACCCCAUCUACUUUAUAUGCCGCUCGUACGAGGACUGCUGUGGCACGCGCUGCUGCGUCCGAGCCCUCUCCAUCCAGCGGCUAUGGUACUUCUGGCUGAUGCUGAUGAUGGGGGUGCUGUUCUGCUGCGGUGCAGGCUUCUUCAUCCGUAGGCGCAUGUACCCCUUGCCCCUCAGCGACGAGCCUGCCUUCAACGUCUCCUUCACCAGGCAGCCCGUAUCCACGCCAGUAUCCCAGCAACCUGGCAUGGUGGGCUACGGCGACCCUGGCGUCAUGACAUCACCCCUCACCCCCACCUACCCCAUCCAGCUCGGCCCUGCCCACAUGAGCGCCUACCCUCCACCGCCCUCGUACUGCAACCACCCACCCCCGCCCUACGAACAGGUGUUCCGGACACCAGAGAAGAGGUAAAGGCUGCCGGUGUCUGCGGCGUCAUUGACGGAGACCAUUGGCGUCCCCUCCGUUUCUUCUCCUUCAUGGUGACCUCAUCACGAGCAGAACUGACAGGACAAGGAGAGGAGGGGACAUCUACAGUCUGUCUGCCACUGUUAUACCUUCACCAUCAGCCCAAGUCCUAGGGACAAGAUACAGACAACCACCUUUAGAGACAAACUGCCUUCUGGGGACCUGUGCCGCAGGCGGUGGUCUUCUGGACAAAGACGGGCUGAAUUUAUCUCCGUAUCUCCAUGGCUUGGAUUUCACUGUCAUUCACCCUCCUCCAUCUUGCCCACUUUUUUCACAAAAGCAUAACUAUCCACCGCAGUCUCUUCUGCUGGCAAUGCCAUCUUGAUGGGCAUGGUCUGUGACUGUGAUAUGUACUGAGUCGCUCACAGAGUCCUGUAGAUGGGGGUUCAUGCCACAGACACCAAACUGUGGAAGUCGAUGACGAAAGCUUACCCAAGAUCAGCACAUUGCUUUAAGAUGAAUAUCGAUUCAAGUAAACAUUAGGGUUGAGAAGCUGAUCCAGGACCAAGGGCAUAAGACCAACCACUAUCUAAACUGUACAGGAGCAAUAUCAAAUUUGAGUUGAAAGACACCUUGGAGAAGUUGAAAACAAAAGGCGUUUAAAUGGCUUAAAAGGUUCAAAGACUUUUCAAUUAUGAGGCUGAAUAAUUGGGCUUCUCUCUGAAGCUGGCUGUGUUCGCCUAACACUGAGAAAAUUUUAAAUAGACAAUAAACACUUGUCAGGAUGCGUUGUGCAAAUUGUGCCCAUUUGCUGUGAAGGGAAAGGAAACCGACCUGGAUUUAUCGGACCUAUUAUGUGCGCUGGAGAGAGUGGUAAUUAUGAGAGGCCGAUUUGUUUGGAAUGUUUCAUUCACAUUAUGGAUGCGUGUGUGAAUUCCUGUGGUGCUGACAGUGGCGAUUCGGCGCUCUGGAUCGGGACAUCACAAACUGGCAGGGAAUGUGUAGUUCAGUUGGUAGAGCAUGGCGCUUGCAACACCAGGGUUGUGGGUUCGAUUCCUAUGGGGGACCAGUAUAAAAAAAUGUAGGAAACUGUAUGCACUCCCUACUGUAAGUCGCUCUGGAUAAGAGCGUCUGCUAACUGACUAAAAUGUAAAUGUAGAAUCAAAUCAACCAGACGGACCCCCAAUUGAGACCAAGACAAGUGGUUUCAAAUGACAAUUUGUCAGUGACUGCAUGGGUACGGUGAAACCUACCACAACUCUACCUACGCCAUAUUCUCUAAGCAUCCACUUCCACUCGAAGCGAGAUGUGAUCCCCGUAGAAGUUCAGCCAUGGUUCAGAUCGACUUCAGUUUGUACAGUAAGGAGCUCAACCACAAUGAGGAUUAACCCAAAACGAUAUGUUUGUUUCACACACGCAGGUUGCAACUGGAUAACAUUUUGCAUAUGGGAAGCUUUUCUGACCGAUGGCCCAUCCCAGUGAAACUGCUUACUUAACGGAUUCUCAAUUUCUGUGCUGCAAUAAUCUCUAGACAAAGUAGUGGUAGUCACAAAAGCUAGCUGCACUCUUUCAGUAACCUAGUUCCUCAAACACGAUGUACCAUCUGUUCGCCAUUUAAACAUCUCCCGUUAGAAUGCUAACGACCAACUGGUUCUGCGUAGGUAGGUACAGCACUGUACAUACACCCUUACUGUGGUAAAAAUGGUUUUCAUGUAUGAAUCUGAAACCCUUUUGCAUUUUGGAGAAUAAAAAAAAUUGUUUGCUUUCACGUAAACAAGCUAUCAAGCUCACAUGUAGAAUGUGCAUGUGUAGUAGAGGUCCCAUGUCCCAAUGGUUGACCAGGUCCUCAAGCUGGCACUGACCAUUUGGGUGAAGGUACGUUCUUCUGUUUACACUUAUUUGUCAGAGUGGAUCAGGCACUCAACCCCUCCACAAAGGCACUCAACCCCUCCACAAAGGCAAUCAUGUGGAAAUGACUAUUUUCUGGGCAAGAUAUGAGACAUUACCAUCUGUUAAAACAGAUCGAACUAACCACCCAGUGUUAACGAUACAACUGUCAUUGACAUGGAAUGUCCUUGUAGAUGUUAGCCGGCAAACUGGGGUACGUAGACACUAUUACAGCAGAACCAAGGAGGGAGAUCUAAUUUAUGGUAAGUGUUACUAUUGGAUGAUGUGUAUACGUUUGGCUAAUAUGACAUGUCUCUAUUUGAUCAUUUAACUAUGCAACCAAGGUUUAAAAUGUCAUUUGUAGAGUUAGGAUGUGCUUUUACUGUUGUACCAAGACGGUUGGUUUUCGGCAUUUUACAUGACAAAAAAAAUAGAAAUGAUCCAUCCAUGAUAUGGUUAAUAAAGUUUCCUUCCGAUAGAA